AGUGUGAAUAUAGAGAAGCUGCAGGGAACAUCCAUCAACAUAUCUACUGAAGAUGGGCUGCUGAAAACAAAGUAUCUCUAUGCGGAAUCAUCAUCUCUGUCUUCAGUAUCUGGUGAUAUUCUGCUCGGAAGUAUUCAUGGUAACACCAGCCUUCAGACCAAAACAGGGAGCAUCACAGUAGAUUCCUCAGAUGGAAGUCUAAAAGCUUCUACACAUCAGGGGACAAUAGAUGUUUAUGUCAGUCAGUUAAGAAAAGUGGAUCUGAAAACCCAGAAAGGUUCAAUUACAGUCAAGGUACCUGCCUCUCUCAAAGCCUAUUUAGAGUUGUCUGGAAGAAAAGUGGAUGUGAGCUCAGAGAUCCAGUUAAAAGAAACACAGCGUGCCUCCAAAGACGAUCACGUAACUAUAAGUGGUCACAUGAAUCAAAAGAAUGAAACGGACAAAUGGAUUAAGGCUGACACACAAAAUGGCAAAGUGUAUCUUAAAAGCCAAAGCUGGAUCCAGUCUGUCAAGCUGAAGAGUUCUUAAAGGUGAAAUAGGCCAAAGAGAUAAAAGCAAGAAACUGAAAAGGAACAUUUCUGUAAAAUUUUGAAACUUUGCUGAUGUAUAUUAAUAUGAGAGAAACAAUAUUAAAAAUUAGGACAUCUUAACCC